AUGUCAGAAUCGUAUUUAAACAAGUUAAGGGAUUAAGCAAUUCAAUUGAUAGUUGAAGGAAAAACUGAAUACUUAAAAGGGGCUACUCUUGAGGCCAAAUAAGGAGGUUAUGAUAAAAUGAAAUUGGGAUGUUAAGAAUUAGUAAAAUAUGCUAAACAAGAAACAAGUCCUUAAUUGUUAUAAAUUACAAGUCAAAAAUUAAAUGAGUUUACUUCAGAGAUGCAAAAUAUGAAAGCCUAUCUAGAUAAUUAUAGAGCAAGUCUAUAGGCGUAAAACUCUUUUCCUGCUUAAUAAUAGUAACAAUAAUAAUAGUUCUCAUAAAAUCCCUAACCUUAUUAAUAACCAAAAACCUAAAAUGGUAACAAUGGAUUGAACAAAAGUACUAACUAAUAGGAUGAUUAAGGAAAAUAAAAACUUGUUGAAGGAUAAUAAGCUCUUAGGAAUAAUCUAUCAACAGCUAUAGUCACUGAGAAGCCGAACGUCAAAUGGGAUGAUGUUGCUGGAUUAGAGAAAGCAAAGGAAGCCUUAAAAGAAGCUAUAAUAACGCCAAUGAGAUUCCCAGAACUCUUUUAAGGGGCACGUAAGCCUUGGAUGGGGAUCCUAUUAUAUGGACCUCCAGGAACAGGUAAAACAUUCUUAGCUAAAGCAUGUGCAACAGAAUGUGAUGGAACAUUCUUCUCUGUAUCUUCAGCAGAUUUGAUAUCUAAGUUUGUGGGAGAAUCAGAGAGAUUAAUCAAAGAGUUAUUUAAUAUGGCUAGAGAAUCAAAACCAACAAUUAUAUUCAUCGAUGAAGUGGAUUCAAUGACUGGUAAUAGAGAGAGUGGAAGUGGGAAUGAAGCCUCAUCUAGAGUUAAGACUCAAUUCUUAGUAGAAAUGCAAGGAGUUGGCAAUAACAAUGAAUCAGUUCUUGUUUUGGGUGCCACAAACUUACCAUGGACCUUGGAUCCAGCCAUUAGAAGAAGAUUUGAAAAGAGAAUUUACAUUCCCCUGCCUGAGUUUUAAGGGAGAUUGUCAUUGUUGAAAAACAAAAUGUAAGGCACUCCUAAUAAUCUAACCCCAGCUGAAUUUGAAGACAUUGCUAAGAUGCUGGAGGGAUAUUCAGGGUCUGAUAUGAAUACUUUAAUAAGAGAUGCUUGUUUUGAACCUUUAAGAAAAACCGAAAGGGCUACUCAUUUUAAAUAGAUAUAAACUCCAGAUGGAAUGAAAUACACAGCUUGUUCUCCUUCUGAUCCUUAAGGUCAAUAAAUGCGAAUGUUCGAUAUCAAAAAGGGAUAAAUUCAUUUACCAAAUACUGAAUAUGAUGAUUUCUUAAGUGUACUUCCAAAGUGUAGACCAUCUGUUUCUUAAGGUGAUCUUAAGAAAUACGAAGAUUGGACAGCUGAAUUUGGACAAGAAGGAUGAUUAAUUAUCAAAAAUAAUUUCUAAUUUGUUGAUAUUGAUAUUUCUUAA